AUGGUCGCAGCACCUGCACCUAAAGUGAAGAUAGUAAAGUCUCUUCCUCGGUUCGACGUCGGUCCCGACUAUGAAAUCUUGUACUGUCUGGGUGAAGGAGCAUAUGGAACCGUGGUAGCCGCAUCACAUAAACCCACUGGCCGACAAGUAGCCAUCAAAAAGAUCCUGCCUUUUGAGCACACACUGUUCUGCCUUCGAACAUUGCGAGAGCUGAAGCUGCUGAAAUUUUUUUCGGAGACCUGUGUCAAUGAGAAUAUCAUCUCGAUAUUGGAUAUAACGAGGCCACCAUCACUCGAAGAAUUCAAGGAAGUGUACUUUAUCCAGGAAUUCAUGCAGACAGAUCUUCACCGUGUCAUACGGACGCAGCAGCUGACUGACGAUCAUUGCCAGUACUUUAUUUACCAGAUUCUCCGUGGCCUCGAAUCUAUACAUAGCGCCGAUAUUGUCCACCGUGAUCUAAAACCGGCCAACCUGUUGCUCAACGCUAACUGCGAUCUCAAAGUUUGUGACUUUGGCCUGGCGAGGAGCGUCAAAGCAACAACCCCGGGCGCCAAGGAGGCUGGUUUGAUGACUGAAUAUGUGGCAACGCGGUGGUAUCGUGCACCAGAGAUUAUGCUUUCUUUCAAGAUGUAUACGAAGGCUAUUGAUUUGUGGGCGGUUGGAUGUAUCCUUGCUGAAAUGCUGACGGGUAAACCUCUGUUUCCCGGGCGCGACUACUCACAUCAGCUGAAUCUCAUCCUGGAUAUAAUUGGUACGCCAACCUUGGACGAGUUCUACUCGAUCACUUCAAGGAGAUCGAGGGACUAUAUCCGAACUCUUCCAAUCCGCAAACGAAGGACGUUUCAAUCGCUGUUCCCGAAAGCAUCCCCCGAAGCCAUCGAUUUCCUGCAGAGAACUUUGACUUUCGAUCCCAAAAAGCGCUUGACAGUCAAUGAAGCUCUCAACCAUCCAUAUCUUACUGCAUAUCAUGACCCAGAGGACGAACCAAUCGUAGCAUCCCUUGAUCCGAACUACUUCGACUUUGAGCAGCUCAAAGAUGACCUCACGAAAACGGAACUGAAAGAACUUCUAUACGACGAAAUCAUGUCCUUCGUCCCGGCGAUCUAA